CCGCGCCAAAAUGAAUGACGCCAAUGGACAUUAGGGUCUGUACACUUUAUAAAAAUUUUAUAUUAUCUAAUAUCUAUUGUUGUGGUCUGUUGAAUGUAGAUUCUAAUUAUGUACAUUUUAUUUAUAUUUAAUUACAUCGUCUAAUUUAGUCAUGAAGUUUGAAACAUCGUCAAUGCGAAAAAUUUUUAUAAUCCAUUAUCCGUAUGUUUGAUUUUUGUACAUACUUGGCUACAAACCAUUGAUUUUAAUGGUUGGCUGUAUUUAUAUAAGUUUAUAAUAAUUAUUAACUGUAUAUUCUAUCCAGCAAGUCGAGUAUAAUACAGACCUAUUUUAUCGUUAUAUUGUACCUAUAUAUUGACUUUGAAUUUUCUUAUUAAAGGGUUUUUAUCAUCUAUUAAUUUACAAUAUUAUCACUGUGAAAAUGACAUCAAAUGAAACAGAAGAUGAAAAUAGAAGAAAUCUCAACUAUGAUGACUUAGAUGUGUAUGGUAAACUAGAAGUUAAACUCGCAGCACGUAAUAAAAUAACGUGUCAUAAAGAUAUCAAUCUACCCUGUGCACUUGUUGAAGACACAGAUCUUUCUGAUAUUUUGGAUAAUAUUCCUUCAGUAAGACCCAAUAAACAUUUGGAGGAUAAUGCACAAACUGUUAGUUCAUUAAUCGAUAAUAUUCGCCAAGUGAAACGUACUUCAGAAUUGGAAAUGAAUUUUACUAUCAAUGAAGAAAAAGACGAAGAUGAUGAAAUAAGUCAAGCCAUUACACAAAUUCGCCAGCAGUCUGAAAAACUUAUUAAAAGAAUUAUACAUGCUCAAGUUGAUUUUAAUGAAUUUUUAAGUUCAACAGACAGUCCAGAAAACAGAGAGUAUUUAAAAGACCAUUUAAAAAUAAUAGAAAAAACUUGUAAAUUUGAUAGAGGUAUAGAAUCAGUGAUUCGUUGCAACAAAGAUACAUUAGAAAAACAUAUUGACAAAAGCUUGAAAAUUGAAAAUAUUGAAGAAUUUAAAAAUGCAUACAAUGAAUUGGCCCAAGGGAUAAUAUCUACUAUUUAUGACUCCGGUGUGAAAACAUCUAAAAAUCAUGAACAUUUAUUAGCUAUUAAACAAUAUAAUAAAUGUACUCAAGGAGGAUUAGUUGGAGAAGAUUUGGUAAUUAAAACGUUAGAUCCAUUUACAAAACAACCAAUCACCAAACCAGUACGGAACAAAAUUUGCACUCAUAUAUAUGAUCAAGAAUCAAUCAAUAAAAUGUUCCUAAAUAAACAGUUUAUAUCAUGUCCAUACAUGGGAUGUUCAAACAAACAUUUUACAAAAGCUAAUCUAGAUCUUUCCAUGAUAAGUGAUUAAUUUGUGUUAUUAUUUUUAACUAAUGGAUGUAAAAAAAGUUGAGACUUGUUCAGUCAGUAUGACUAUGAUAAUAAUUUAUGAUAAUUACUUUUUACACUUUAAUUUAUUUAUACAUU